GUCUCGUUCAUGUCCAAGCAGAUGCUGGGCGAAAUGCUGUUCCCGAUGGUGCAGAAGAUCUGCCCCGACAACGCGAACAAGAUUACAGGCAUGAUCAUAGAGUUGGACAACGCGGAGUUGGUCCCCCUGUUCGAGUUCGAGAGCGCGCUCCGCGAGAAGGUGCUCGUGUGCG